CUUCACGGUGCUAUAUAUGUGCGCAGGGAGCCCGCGUCCUUUCCCUGGUGUGAUUCCGUCCUGCGCGGCUGUUCUGUGGAACAGUAGUCGUUUCUCUCCGUCCGCCUUCUCUCCCACCUAAGUGCGUGCCACCACCUCAUGGAAGAUUCGAUGGACAUGGACAUGAGCCCCCUGAGGCCCCAGAACUAUCUUUUCGGUUGUGAACUAAAGGCUGACAAAGAUUAUCACUUUAAAGUGGAUAAUGAUGAAAACGAGCACCAGUUAUCUUUAAGAACGGUCAGUUUAGGAGCUGGUGCAAAGGAUGAAUUGCACAUUGUUGAAGCAGAGGCAAUGAAUUAUGAAGGCAGUCCAAUUAAAGUCACACUGGCAACUUUGAAAAUGUCUGUACAGCCAACGGUUUCCCUUGGGGGCUUUGAAAUAACACCACCUGUGGUCUUACGGUUGAAAUGCGGUUCAGGGCCUGUGCAUAUUAGUGGACAGCACUUAGUAGCUGUGGAGGAAGAUGCAGAGUCAGAAGAUGAAGAGGAAGAGGAUGUGAAACUCCUUAGUAUAUCUGGAAAGCGUUCUGCCCCUGGAAGUGGUAGCAAGGUUCCACAGAAAAAAGUAAAACUUGCUGCCGAUGAAGAUGAUGAUGAAGAUGACGAUGAUGACGAUGAUGAUGAAGAUGAUGAUGAUGAUGAUUUUGAUGAUGAGGAAGCUGAAGAAAAGGCUCCAGUAAAGAAAUCUAUACGAGAUACUCCAGCCAAAAAUGCACAAAAAUCUAACCAGAAUGGAAAAGACUCAAAACCAUCAACACCAAGAUCAAAAGGUCAAGAAUCUUUCAAAAAACAGGAAAAGACUCCCAAAACACCGAAAGGACCUAGUUCUGUAGAAGACAUUAAAGCAAAAAUGCAAGCAAGUAUAGAAAAAGGUGGUUCUCUUCCCAAAGUGGAAGCCAAGUUCAUCAAUUAUGUGAAGAAUUGCUUCCGGAUGACUGACCAAGAGGCUAUUCAAGAUCUCUGGCAGUGGAGGAAGUCUCUUUAAGAAAAUAGUUUAAACAGUUUGUUAAAAUUUUCCGUCUUAUUUCAUUUCUGUAACAGUUGAUAUCUGGCUGUCCUUUUUAUAAUGCAGAGUGAGAACUUUCCCUACCGUGUUUGAUAAAUGUUGUCCAGGUUCCAUUGCCAAGAAUGUGUUGUCUAAAAUGCCUGUUUAGUUUUUAAAGAUGGAGCUCCACCCUUUGCUUGGUUUUAAGUAUGUAUGGAAUGUUAUGAUAGGACAUAGUAGUAGUGGUGGUCAGACAAAUGGAAAUGGUGGGGAGACAAAAAUAUACAUGUGAAAUAAACUCAGUAUUUUAAUAAAGUA